GCAGAUGGAACAUGCGCGAAGCGGGUGAUGCAGUUUUAUUUCUCGGCUCCAGAAAGAUGGCAAACAAGGAGAGAAGGAGGGUGCGAUGAAUCCGGGCGGUGGGACGGAGAAACUUCGCGAACGCCUGGUGAUAUGACAAGAGAAUUCACAAGUUGGAAAAUCCAAGUACCUCCAAUCACAUCAAAAUCUGACAAUUAUUUAAUACAUUAGGACCAGAAUGUAAUCAGCCUUUGAAAGCAGUUACCAAGGAGAGGGAUGGCAUUACUAGUGAAGGAAUGGAGUCUGUAGAAAGGACUGAAGACGAUGACUUCAAUCUUCCCAAGACUUAAAUGGAGAAAAUUUCUACUCAUCCGGCACUAGAUGUCAGACAAGACUGGACGGUGCGUGACUAGGAGGAUAUGAGAACAGGAGGAUUUUCAGUCAGGAAACAAACACCUAAAACCACGCCAGAUUCUGACAGAGUCGUCCGGUUAAAUUGUAACCAGAACAACUUCACAUUUUGAACAUGGAAGAGAAAAGCAUCGUUGACAGUGAGGAGAAACCGUACACGUGUUCUGUGCGUGGACGAGGAUUCAGCCAGUCAGCUGACCGGUUGGGACACAACUGCAGUCACAGUGGGGAGAAACCGUGGAAAUGUGGGGACUGUGGGAAGGGAUAUAGAUCCCCUUCUGGGUUGGAAACCCAUCAGCGCAGUCACACCGGAGAGAGACAGUUCACUUGCUCUGAUUGUGGGAAAGGGUUCACGCGAUCAUCCACCCUGUUGACACACCAGCAGGUUCACACUGGGGAGCGACCAUUCACCUGCUCAGUGUGUGGGAAGGGAUUCACUCAGUUAUCUAACCUGCUGAGACACCAGCAGGUUCACACUGAUGAGAGACCUUUUAAAUGCACAGACUGCGGGAAGCGCUAUAAAAGUUCCGGGGAAUUGAUGCGCCAUCGACGUGUUCACACCGAUGAGAGACCAUUUAGGUGCACUGAUUGUGGAGCUGGAUUCAGGACAUCAUCUGACUUCCUCAUACACCAGCGAGUUCAUACCGGGGAGAGACCAUUUGCAUGCUCUGAGUGUGGGAAGGGAUUCACGCGCUUAUUUCAACUGCAGGAGCAUCAGCACAGUCACACUGGAAAGUGGCCCUUCACCUGCUGCGUGUGUGGGAAAGGAUUCAUUCAGUCAUCCGGUCUGCUGACACACCAGCGGGUUCACACUGACGAGAGACCUUUUAAAUGUCCUGACUGUGGAAUGUGCUUUAAAAGCACCGGGGAGCUAAUGUCCCAUCAACGUAUUCACACCAACGAGCGACCAUUCAGAUGCUCUCAUUGCGGGACUGGCUUCAGGCGAUCAUCUCACCUCACUGUACACCAGCGAGUUCACACUGGGGAGAGACCAUUCACUUGCUCUGAGUGUGGGAAAGGAUUCGCUCAGUCAUCCCACCUGCUGACACACAAGCGGGUUCACAGUGGAGAGAGGCCGUUCACGUGCUCAGAGUGUGGGAAAGGUUUCACUCGAUCAUCCCACCUACUGAGGCACCAGGGAGUUCACAAGUAAUUACAGUGACAGGAUUCUUCUGUCAAUCACGUCCAGAAAUGAACAGUGCUGAAUGGGAUCUGCUCCUGCUGAUUUUAAUGGAAUCCAGCCCCCUUAAGUCGCCUAAUAUUCUGGAUAAAAAUCAAAUAAAUCAGCUUUGUGUAAGACACACAA